UGAGUUGAGUUGGUGACUCGGUGCUGCUACAAUAAACAAUAAAACCGAACGGGAAUCAGGAUCUCCCAAAGGGAGGUGGUAGCAGAUAACAUCAGCAAUCAGCAUGAUAGUGUUAUAUAUAUAUAACUGAACGGUCUUUUUCACCAAAGCCGGUUGCCAUCCAUUCAAAGUAUUGUUUCUUACUCGCCGAGAUUGGAAAGCAAAAGACAGUGAUGACUGGUGAGUGGAGUCUACAGCACGGAAAUCGUUGACUGAGUCUAAGAAAAACACACCACACUUUCUUAGAAACAACGCCGCCCCCAGUCCCCACCUUUCCAUGGCCAUACCCAUUUCUUUCUCUCUCUCUCUCUUACCCCGUCAGUAUCUCACUUUCUCUCUUCAUACACCCUUUCUCUCUCAUGGAAAAGGCACUCCAAGCCGUCUUGGCCGCCGCCGGCACCUUCUUUGUCCACGACAACCGCGCUACCAACCCAACCCGAACCCGAACCCGACCCCUCCCAAACACUGACCAAUCGUCCGUCUCCGUCGUAGAUGCCAGCUGGUCCUCCGAUCCCAACCUCAAGAUCUCCCUUACCGAGCUCGCACGCGCCACUGAAAACUUCUCUCCAAAUCUCAUCGUCGGCGACGGCAGCUUUGGCCUCGUCUAUAAGGCCCGCCUCAACGACGGCACCGUCGUCGCCGUCAAGAAGCUCUCCCCGGACGCUUUCCAAGGCUUCCGCGAGUUCCAGGCCGAGAUGGAAACUCUAAGCAAGCUCGAUCACCCAAACAUCGUCAAGAUCCUCGGCUACUGGUCCUCCGGGCCCGAACGCUUACUCGUCUACGAGUUCAUCGAACGGGGAAACCUCGAUCAGUGGCUCCACGAGCCCACCACUGGGCCCAACGACCACAUCUCCCUCAGCGACCUCCGUUUACCUCUGUCAUGGGAAACCAGGGUCAACAUCAUUAGAGGCGUGGCCCGCGGGCUUUACUAUCUCCACGGGCUUGAUAAGCCCAUCAUACACAGGGACAUCAAAGCCAGUAACGUGUUAUUGGACUCCGAGUUCAAGGCCCAUAUAGCUGAUUUCGGGCUUGCUCGGAGGAUUGACACGUCCAAAUAUUCACACGUGUCAACGCAGUUUGCUGGGACCAUGGGCUACAUGCCCCCGGAGUAUGUUGCUGGGGCCAAUGUGGCCAACCAGAAGGUGGAUGUGUAUAGCUUUGGGAUUUUGAUGCUUGAGACGGGCUCAGGGCGCAGGACUAAUUUGCCAGUGAAGUUAGGGGAGGAAGAUAUUGGGCUGGUCCAGUGGGCCCGGAAGAUGAAGGAGCGAAAUGCUGAGAUGAAUAUUGUUGAUGUGAAUAUUUCAAGGGAAGGUUUAAGGGAAGAGUGUGUUAAAGAGUAUGUGAGGAUUGCUUGCAUGUGCACUGCUGAGUUGCAGAAGGAAAGGCCUGAGAUGCCUGAGGUUGUUCGCUUGUUGGAUUCCAUGCCGCUCUGAGCCUCCGCCGCCAAUGCCGGAACUAAUUCGCUUGUCCAGUUCAGGUCAGAUCAUAAGAGAUAUGUACAUAGCUAAUACAGUGUAUUAGUAGAACUAUAGAUAUAUUUCUUUGAAUGAUUGAUUAAUAAAUAGUUUUGUGGCUCUACCCUUGCUUGAAACAUAUUCAUUCAUUUGUUUGUUUCCUUAAUUCUUUGUUGUUCUAAUGUUCUUCUUGCCAUAUGUCAAUUGAGUUUCCACAAGGAAGUGAGAAUUUGAAAAGAAAACAGGAAAAAGGAAAGGUUCAAGCCAUGGCA